CUCUCACAAGCAGGUUUUUGGCUCAGCAAUUUUGCUUUAGUCUUCUGGAUGGCCCAAGAUGACAGAAAUGAAUAUGUCCCCGAACUUCAGAUUUCAGAGGAAGAAGAUAUCCUAAGGGGCAAAGUCCGUCCAGAUGAUGGGAUCAUAAAAGAGGAAGUGGGGUUUCUUCCAAAUGUGGCAACUACAGCUCAACCCCUCCAAAAUAGCUGCAAGAGUCAAGAGAAGCUGCAGGUAAACCCCUCACCACUCAGACGCCGACGCAGGAGAUCUAAUGUGCCAGGCUACAGGGAUGUCCUGGGCAUCGUAGAGAUACCUCUGGCCCCUGGUUCAGCCCGGCGUGUGCCAGAGAAGCCAUUCCGCUGCAUCGAUUGCGGAAAGAGCUUCUCACAGAGCUCCAACCUCAUAGAGCACCAGAGAAUCCACACCGGGGAGCGCCCGUUCACAUGCAGCGAGUGUGAGAAGAGCUUCAGUCGCAGCAGCACCCUGGUGGAACACCAGCGUACACACACGGGCGAGAAGCCGUACACGUGCACAGAGUGUGGGCGGGGCUUUAGCCGCAGCUCCACCCUCACAGAGCACUUGCGCACGCACACCGGGGAGACGCCCUUCCCGUGCCGGGAGUGCGGGAAGGCCUUCAGCCGCACCUCCAACCUCGUGAAGCACCUGCGCACCCACUCGGGCGAGAAGCCGUACACCUGCGCACUCUGCGGGAAGCGCUUCUCCCUCAGCUCCAACCUCCUCAAGCACGAGCGCACCCACUCGGGGGAGAAGCCCUUCCCCUGCGCGCUCUGCGGGAAGCGCUUCAAGAAGAAGACCCACCUGGUGUCCCACCAUCGCGUGCACACCGGGGAGCGGCCCUACCGGUGCGAGGAGUGCGGGAAGUGCUUUUCCCAGAGCUCCAUCCUGAUCGAGCACCAGAGAAUCCACACGGGUGAGAAGCCCUACAAAUGCGCAGACUGCGGGAAAUGCUUUUGUGUGAGCUCAAACCUCAUCAAGCACCAGAGAAUUCACACAGGUGAGAAGCCUUAUGCCUGCUCUGUCUGUGGGAAGGCCUUCCGUUACAAGCCCCAGUUUACCCGUCACCAGAAACAGAUGCACCCGGAAGAGGAGGAGAAGAUGGAACCAGUUACUGCCCUCACCUUGGGGCCCUGGGCAGAGAAGCCCCCUCUCACACAACUGUCUGAGAAAGAUAUAACAACACUCCACAGGAUGGAAAAGCAGCGUUUACAAGGUGCAGAGGAAGGGAAGAAAUACAGAGGCAAAGCAGGUGUUGGAACUGAAAGUCAGGCUGAGACAAAAAUGAUCAAGAAGGAACCACUAGAAGGAAAGGCCGAGAUACAGGAGUUGGAAACAUCUCCGAGCCCUGAACCGAGAGGAGUAGCGCUGGAGAGCAGGAGCAGUGCAGGGAUACAACUGAGGGACCGAGAUGAUGGGAACAAAAAGGAAGCUGAGCCGCAUCACCCAAACAGCUCCCAUAGUCCCGAAGACUGCAAGAUUCAGGUCAAGGUGGAGGAACAGAGGUGGAGGAGCCAGGUGAGAAGGCGUCGGGCAAAGGAGGUUUCCCACGAUCCUCCAGGUUUCAUCAACCUUUUGGGUAUCCUGGAGCCUCCUCCUCCUCUCCCACCUCCUGCUCCCCGCAGGCCAGUGGAUAAGCCUUACCACUGCACCGAAUGUGGGAAGAGCUUCUCGCAGAGCUCUGUGCUCAUUGAACAUCAGAGAAUCCACACCGGGGAGAGGCCCUUUGUGUGCAAUGUGUGCGGGAAACGCUUCUCCCAAAGCUCCACCCUGAUGGGGCACCAGAGAAUCCACACAGGCGAGAAGCCCUUUGCCUGCCCCGAGUGCGGACGGGGGUUCAGCCGGAGCUCCGCUCUGACAGAACAUCAGCGCACGCACACCGGGGAGACGCCCUUCCCGUGCCGGGAGUGCGGGAAGGCCUUCAGCCGCACCUCCAACCUCGUGAAGCACCUGCGCACCCACUCGGGUGAGAAGCCGUACACCUGCACACUCUGCGGGAAGCGUUUCUCCCUCAGCUCCAACCUCCUCAAGCACGAGCGCACCCACUCAGGAGAGAAGCCCUUCCCCUGCCCCCUCUGUGGCAAAUGCUUCAAGAAGAAGACCCACUUGGUGUCACACAACCGCGUCCACACUGGGGAGCGGCCCUACCGGUGCGAGGAGUGCGGGAAGUGCUUCUCUCAGAGCUCAUCCUUGAUUGAGCACCAGAGAAUCCACACCGGUGAAAAGCCCUACAAAUGUCCCCAGUGUGGCCGGGGCUUCUAUGUCAACUCCAAACUGGUCAAACAUCAGAGAAUUCACACAGGCGAGAAACCCUAUGCCUGCUCUGCCUGUGGGAAAACCUUCCGAUACAAGCAGCAAUUCCCCCGUCAUGUGGCCCACGUCCACCCUGGAGAGGACCAGGUUUCUGUGCUUACCUUGGGUACCAGUGUUAAUAUGCUUCUCUCGUAGAGCCUAAAAAAAACAACCAUUGGCUUUUGGGCUUCAGAUCCCCUAGAGGUUGGUUCCACUGAAAGGUAUACAUGUUGCCAAAUUUGAUAGGUCCAUAAACUAUCCAGUCUAGCUUCUCACUGCUGGGAUCUCUCAAAGAGACUGCUAUUAGCAUAAUUACAGUCAAGUUGGAGUGGCCUGGCUUGUGAUGCUCGUUUCAUCCUUACGUAAAGGAGCUCCUUCCUAACAUUAUAGGGGGGUCUUUUAUUACUGUAUGUAGUAGUAUGUCACUGGGGGGGAAAGUCUGAUUAAACUGAGGCUGCUUUACUUUGGAGGGUUCCUAUACUAGUGUAUUUACAGUAACGCAAAGGGAGCCACCAAUAUGAGAUCUUGUUUCAGAGGGAAAAUAUCGUCCAUUACAAGGAUCCUAUUAUUGUAUUUACAGUGUCUUAGGAGGUGUAUGAAACCCAAAA